AUGGAAACCACGACACAAACCGCUACAGAACCUAAGGCAGAAGAUCGCCCCGAUCAAGCCGCUGUGCCAUACCGCGGCCCUCGCCUUCCUGCGGUUCCUGACGGUCUGGCCCCGGGGAUCUGGUUCCGUCCGCUCCUGCUUUCCGUCUCUGGAGGCUACUUUGUCAACAUUAUUCGCGUCCGCCGCUCUGGCAUCCUCUCUCGAAAUCGCCACGCCGGCGCUGUUCAUGCAACUGUCUUGAAAGGCAGAUGGCACUACCUUGAGCAUCCUUGGUGGGCCACUGAGGGAGGCUACGCUUUUGAGCCUCUGGGAGAUAUUCACACGCUCGAAGUACCGGACGAUGUGAAGGAAAUAGUCACAAUCUUUCAUGUAACGGGGGCGCACAUUUACGUUGACCCAGAUGGAGUGCCUAUCGGUAUGGAGGAUGUUUUCAGCAAGCUCGACAAGGCCAAAAAGCAUUAUGAGGAGGUCGGGCUUAGGGCGGCGUUCGCUGACCAGUUUGUGCGUUGA